AAGAGACGAGGAGUAAGGAAUUAAAGGUCACAGGUAGUAGGGCUACCAGGCCAUCUGACAAUGUCCUAUCAUUUUUUUUUCCUGCUUUUUGGAGUCUUGAUUCUCUCCAUCUCAGAAGGCUCAUCUGCAAAACUCAUCUGCCAAAAUCCAUGUCAGAAAGGCUGGAUUAGCUACAAAGGACGCUGCUACAAGCUUAUUGAAGAGAGAAUGACCUGGACCAAAGCUGAGGAAACCUGUUCAGCUGAAAGAGCAGGAAGUCACCUAACCAGCAUCACUAGUGAAGAAGAGAAUGAAUUCCUUCGUAAACUUUCUCAGGGACAAAAGGAAACCAAGCUCUGGACAGGUGGAACUUACCAAAAGGGGUCAUUGUUGAAAUGGAGUGAUGGAUCACUGACAACCUUCAUCCAGAGGCCUCUGUCAUCCAUUUUCAGUUCUGUUAGAAGACUAAUUAACAGUCUGUUUAACAUAAAACUUUGCUUGAGCCUCAAUAUUGGAGGAGAGGGUGAAUGGGACGGCUCUAACUGCAGCAAUAAGCUACCAUUCAUCUGCGUUUACAAACCAAACCUGAAGCACCCUUAACCUAUCACUGAACGACUGAUGAAACCUGACUGGCUGCUGUGGCAUUGGAAUAGAGUUCAGCUGCAAUCCAUUAGUGCAUUGAAAUCUUUUGCAUGGAAAAAUCAAGAUCCAAUACUAAAAAAGCAGAAGUAUUAGAGCAAGUUACUUUUAUGUUCUGUUUGCGUUAUUGUGGUGAUGUUCCU